AUGACCUGCAAUGAGCCAGAAUCCCUGAAUAACAAGGGAAAGUGCUUACCAGUCUUCUCUGGACUGCUUGUCAUCUUGAAGGAAGCCGGGGAAGGGAGGCAGAAUGAAAAACACAGUUCUGUGCCUAAGUGGAGAGAAAGAAGGAACGGUGAAAGAACACGGAAGAGAAAAGAAUAUUUAGCACCUUUCUCCCAUCUUCAUAGUCUGGAUAGAUCGACCCGCGAGAUUGAGCUGGGCCUGGAGUACGGCAUCCCCACCAUGAACCUCGCUGGACAGAGCCUCAAGUUUGAAAAUGGCCAGUGGGUGGCAGAAUCAGGAAGCUUCACGGGGGAUCGCAGGGAAAUGCAGCGCUUGCGCAAACGAAACCAGCAGCUAGAGGAAGAAAACAACCUCCUUCGGCUGAAAGUGGACAUUCUGCUGGACAUGCUCUCCGAGACCACAGCCGAGUCCCACCUGAUGGAGAAGGAGCUGGAGGAGCUGAAGAACCACAGCCGGAGGAGGAAGUGA